CAGGGCCACGGCCGGGGGCGGCGGUAGUGAGGCCACCGCUACACUCCAGCCCCCUUUUCCCUCCAUGGUUUCUCCCCGCUCCCGCCAGUAACUUGGCUCCGCGGGCUCCGCUCCGCUCGUUCUCUCGCACGGCACACGCCGGCCGCCGCCGCUGCCGCGAGCAGACCCCUUCCGACGGCCCUCGCCGCGCAGGCCGGGACGCCUCUCCCCCCUCCGCCCCCGCCGCGGAAAGUUAAGUUUGAAGAGGGGGGACGAGGGAACAUGGACAUGAAGAAGAGGAUCCACCUGGAGCUGAGGAACCGGACCCCAGGAGCUGUUCGAGAACUUGUCUUGGACAAUUGCAAAUCAAAUGAUGGAAAAAUUGAGGGCUUAACAGCUGAAUUUGCAAACCUAGAGUUCCUCAGUUUAAUAAAUGUGUGCUUGCUUUCAGUUUCAAAUCUCCCCACAUUACCUAAAUUGAAAAAGCUUGAGCUCAGUGACAAUAAAAUCUUUGGAGGUCUGGACAUGUUAGCAGAAAAACUUCCAAAUCUCACACACCUAAACUUAAGUGGAAAUAAACUGAAAGAUAUCAGCACCUUGGAGCCUUUGAAAAAAUUGGAUUGUCUGAAAAGCCUGGAUCUGUUUAAUUGUGAGGUCACCGACCUGAAUGACUACCGAGAGAGUGUCUUCAAGCUCUUGCCCCAACUAAGCUACCUGGAUGGCUAUGAUAGAGAGGACCGGGAAGCCCCAGAUUCAGAUGCAGAGGUGGAUGGUGUAGAUGAAGAGGAGGAGGAUGAAGAAGGAGAAGAUGAGGAGGACGAGGAAGAUGAGGAUGGUGAGGAGGAGGACUUUGAUGAUGAAGAGGAUGAGGAUGAGGAUGAAGACGUGGAUGGGGAUGAAGAUGAAGAUGAAGUGAGUGAGGAAGAAGAAUUUGGACAUGAUGGAGAAAUUGAUGAAGAAGAGGAGGAUGAGGAUGAAGAUGAAGAUGAAGAUGAAGAGGAGGAAGAAAGCGGAAAAGGUGAGAAGAGGAAGAGAGAAACAGAUGAUGAAGGAGAAGAUGAUUAAGACCCCAGAUAACCUGCAAAAACAGAACUGUUCAGUAUUGGUUGGACUGCUCAUGGAUUUGGUAGCUGUUUAAAAAAAAAAAA